GCGUCGACGGUGCCGGGUUGGCUUAGUUUGUAGGUUUUCCAGCGGUUUGGACGUCGUCUGCACGAUUGAAGAGUGCUUCGAGGGACUUUCAGCGGGUUGGGCGUAUCAUGCCGUGUUCAAUGACUUUAUGGAGUUUGAACUUUGCCUUUCUUGUACUCUGGCAUUGUUGGUACUGUUUUGACAUAUUUAACAAACACAUCCGUGUCAAAAAAUGUUGAUCAUUCUUUUCCCAAAGUCCAAUAUGUUUGAAAAUGUCUUAUUUUGAGGAAACAUCUGUUUUCUUUGUUAAUAUAAAUAUAAUGAUUUACUGCUUUAGCAUGAUUAUAUAUACAAUUAUUAUGGAUUGCUGAGAGGCUGAAAUUCAGAUCAUUCUGACAAUACGAUGGCCCACUUUGAGGAAGUGUCAAAACUGUCUAGCAUGCACCCGAAACCUCCAGGCGUGGUCUUGCAGUAUGGCACGGCUGGUUUCAGGACCGACGCCGGUCGACUGGAUCACGUCGUGUUCCGCAUGGGCCUGCUGGCCACGCUGCGAUCCAAACAAACCAAAGCGACCAUCGGCGUCAUGGUCACCGCCUCCCACAACCCCGAGCUUCCUGUCGGUCUUGCAGGAGGACAACGGGGUGAAGCUGAUUGACCCCAUGGGCGAGAUGGUGGCGCCCGCUUGGGAGGGCUACGCCACCCGGCUGGCCAACGCGGAGCAGCAGGAGCUGCUUUCGGUUCUGGAGGACAUCAUGGAGAAAGAAGACAUCGACAGGAGCCAGGAAGCCUCAGUGUUUGUGGGCAAAGACACCAGGAGCAGCAGUGCCAGCCUGUCGCAAGCAGUACUGGACGGCGUGUCAUCAUUGAGGGGACGCAGCAAAGACUACGGCUUGGUGACCACCCCGCAGCUCCACUACAUGGUUUGCUGUCACAACACACAGGGCCGCUACGGCGAGGCCUCGGUGGAAGGAUACUACAUGAAACUCUGCCAGGCGUUCAUCGAGCUCACCAAGAAUACACCCAACCGUACGGACGACCAGAAGCACCUGACAGUGGACGGCGCCAACGGCAUCGGCGCGCUGAAGGUGCGCGAGAUGGAGCGUUACCUCAAGAGGGAGCUGCAAAUUACCCUCUUCAACGAAGGCCACGGAAAACUCAACCACCAGUGCGGGGCUGACUUUGUCAAAGUGCAGCAAAAGCCGCCCACGGGUGUGAUUUGUAGCCUUUUGGAUUUAUAUACAAACAUACUGUUAAAUGUUUCAUUCCCCGGGUUUCCCAUGGUAGGCAUGAAGGUCUGCAGCGGCGAGCGCUGCUGUUCAUUUGACGGCGACGCCGACCGCAUCGUUUAUUUCUACACCGACUCGGAGGGUCGCUUCCACCUGCUGGACGGAGACAAGAUAGCGACGCUCAUCAGCACGUUCCUCCAAGAGCUCCUCGUGCAGGCUGGUCUAAAUUUGAAGAUAGCCGUGGUGCAAACCGCGUACGCGAACAGCAGCUCCACACGCUACCUGGAGGACACCAUGAGGGUGAUUGUGAGAUGCACAAAGACUGGAGUGAAGCACCUCCAUCACGCGGCGCAGGAUUUUGACACGGCCGUUUACUUUGAGGCUAACGGCCACGGCACCGUGUUGUUCAGCCCCGCGGCCGAGGAGAAGAUCAAGCGACUGGCUGAGGACAUCAGCACAGACGACACCAGGAAGAGAGCGGCCAUUCUUCUGCAGCACACCAUCAACGUCAUCAACCAGACAGUCGGUGACGCCAUUUCCGACAUGCUGCUGAUCGAGGCGAUAUUGGCCUUGAAGGGAAUGACCGUGCAGCAGUGGGACGCCAUCUACACCGACCUGCCCAGCAGGCAGAUUAAAGUAAAGGUGUCGGACCGGCGGGUGAUCGACACGACCGACGCCGAGAGACGGGCGGUGAGCCCGCCGGGCCUGCAGGACACCAUCGACGCCUCGCUCGGGAAGUACCGACGCGCCCGCUCCUUCGUGAGGCCGUCCGGCACAGAGGACGUGGUCAGAGUUUACGCUGAGGCCGACACUCAGGAGAGCGCUGACUCCCUGGCGCAUGAAGUGAGCCUUGCUGUGUAUCGCCUCGCCGGCGGGGUGGGAGAUGAACCAAAACUUUUGCACUAAAACAAUAAUAAUAACUC